AAUAAAUAAACAAGCAACACUGUAGUACGCGAAAGGAAAUAAUUAUUCCCUAUUUCAUCUGUAAGAUUUUGUUUUUCGUCUUGAUUGUGAUUUGUGACAAGCUGGUACUUUUGUAGCAGUUUGACAUUUACGCUUAAUUCGCAUACCUUCCGUACUUACGCACUUUUGCUUCUCUUAGAGGUUAUAACUUAUUAAGUACUGUCGGUGUCAUGGAGAAAUCAUUGAAAUCGUAAGAAGUACUUGCAAAAUACAAUUUAAAGUCGAGCAUAUCCACGAGAGACUUUGUUUGACGAAUUUAUAAGCCAGUUCAUAAAUUGUAAAGUUUUCAUUUUCAACAGAUACCAGUGGAGUUGUUUAAGAUGUUGGUACAAUUAUUUGAAUUUACUCCUCUCUCUUUUAUAGACGACGUGAUCAAUAUUACCAACCAGCUUUUAUACAAAACUGUCAAUGGUGUUGAUCGAGCAUUUUCGUCUUUGUCGAGUACAAAAAAGUCUCCACAGGAAAUAGAAGAAGGACUACACAAAUUUGAAAUUUUAUUUGAGAGUGUUGUUGAUCGAUACUAUGAUCGCUUUGAAAUCUAUGUGUUGAGAAAUAUCUUUCAUUAUCCUCCAGAACUCAAGGGUUACCUUCGUUUAGAAGGCCAAACAGCAGAUUACACAGUAACUUUGGAAAAAGAUGCUUCCCUUGAUCAAGAAAUAGAAGAUGCUGCACAUAUACUCACUGAGAAACUCAAAACUCGUCACUCUUUAAGGAUGCAGUUACGAAAGAGUGAGGAACGGCGGCAACAAUUAAAAAAGCAAUUAGAGACUAUUUCUUUACUUUCCAACAUCCCAAAACAGCAACGAAUUACUUUACCAGAAACAACAGACUUUUUGUUGGAUCAAUUGGUUGGCCUCCAGACUUCCCUUCAUUCCGUUACACAGGCAUCACCUAUUUUACCUUCACGCGAUGUAGACGAAAGAGUAAUGUAUCUCGAAAAGCGCUACGAAAUACUGGCUGGUCCGAUUGAGCAACAUCGGGAUUUUUGGUCACAUCAAUUGAUCAAAUUAGAAUCCAUCGCAAAUACACAAGACGUUUCAGACAUGAGUAAACUUCUAUCCUCAUCUGAUGAUUCAAACAGUACUUAGAUCGUUCAAUAUAUGUAAUUUGGAUAAUACUAUAACAUACGGCAAGACAUGGAAAGUGUUUAAUAAAUAUUCUAAAGAAAGGAAAACAAUAGUAUCCGACUUAAAAAAGGAAGACAUCAAAUAAUAGCUCAUUAUCACACAUGAAUGUUCAUCUACACAAACCAGAAGACCAUCUUUACUCAGAAGAAUCAACACCGAAUCGUUGAAACAAUUCUACACUUGUACACUUUUCUUGUUCAGCAACUUUCCCAAUCAUUCCAAGAGCUACAUCUCGGAUUUCGUUGUAGGUGUGUAGCAAGUCAAUAUGCCUUUGAACUGUGUACUUUGCGUUUGGAUUCCUAG